AUGGGGGAAGCAGCGGAGUCCAUCACUCAAAUGACAAUACCUGUUAGAGAGUUUGAAGCUCAUAUAGAUACCAUACGCGCAGUCGCAGCUUUCCCUGAUGGACGACGCAUAGUCACAGGCUCGGUAGACAAGACGCUCCACCUGUGGGACUUGAAAGAAGAUGUUGUUUUGAAGAAAUUGGAGGGGCAUCGCAAUGCAGUACGAGCAAUUGCGGUAUCAAGGGACGGACAGUUCAUAGCAAGCGGGGAUUAUAAUGGAGAGCUCAUCGCCUGGGACAGCAACACUGGUAAUCCUCUCACCCAAAUCAUAAAAGCUCAUUUCGGGUCGAUCUACUCUCUGGACUUUUCUGCGGAUGGUGUACUGCUAGCAACCGGUUCAUUGGACGGCACCGUGAAGCUCUGGAGCACCACAACCUGGCAUCUGCAAGGAAAUCCAAUUGACUGCCAUACAGCAGUCUACUGCAUUCGGUAUGCGCCAUCUGGAGAACACCUUGCCAUUGCGACAUUUAAGGAUGUCCAGAUUUUGAUUACAGACACGAAGGAAUGCAUCGCAAACUUCACAGCUCACGCUGUGUUAAACUUAUCACUCGCAUGGAUGCCCGAUGGUUCAUGGCUUCUCUCAGCCAGCACCGUUCUUGAUCCCACGAUACGGGUAUGGGAUCCAUCAACCUGGAAGCAGGUCGGUGAUCCCUGGACAGGCCAUACCUAUCAGGUGAAUGCCAUUGCUGUGAACUCUACUGGUACACUUGUCGCCUCUGCAUCCGACGACAAACACGUCCGCCUCUGGCGACUCUCGGAUCGACGAACCAUUGCCAUAUUCAAGCACUCCGAUAAUGUGUAUUGUGUCGCAUUCUCCAUAGACGGAAAGCACAUCAUCAGCGGAAGUGCCAAUAAGAAGGUCUCACAAUGGGCAGUACCUGAGAUCGCUUUGCUGGAGAACUCUCCCCAGAAACGGGCUGUAGGAGCCAUGUUGUUGUUGGAGGCUCCCAGUGAACAGUCGUCAAACAACAUCCUCGCUUUGGGUCCAACGGUCCGCGAUGCAUGUAUAAGUGGCGACUUGGCGACUGCUGAGGAGUUCCUAACUCAAGAGAUCAAGACUGACGGCAACAACUAUAACUCAUAUGCUAAUCGGUCAUUUCUCAUGGCACGAAAACUCCACUGGGAUAGCGCGAUUCAUGAUGCACUUAAGUCUAUCAGCAUUCAGCCCUCAUUGACAGGCCAUAUCUCCAAAGGCAUUGCCUUCUGUGGAAUGAUGAACUUCGAGGAUGCGAUGAAAGCAUUUGACCUUGCGUCCAUAUUCACCAGAAAUUCGCAGACAGUUGAUCUUCUCUUGAUUAAGGCCAUCGCACUUUUUAAUGCAAACCAGCAUGAGGACGCAAUGCGACGUGUUCAGGAGAUAGCUGCCACUUGUCCUGAUGCUGAUGUUAUCGUUUGUCGUACCGUGGAGGCGUAUCUGCAUGUUCAACUUGGAAUCGAUGUCUUGGAUAGCGCGCGUUACGAUGAAGCCGUUGAUCACUUCACUACCGCUAUCAACUUGGGCGCGUUCUUACCUGAAUCAAUCAAUCAUUCCAGAUACGGGGACUUUACUGUGCUCUUCGGGUGGGACUUCAGGUCCUUGUGGCAAAUUGCAAACCAGAAACGGUGUCGUGCACUCCUGCACGCAAGUAGACCUAGAGAAGCCCUCAAAUCGUACCGAUACAUGAUGGACACGAGCGAUGAUGCUACGAAGGCAAGCUGCGUUGAUUGGUGUACCGCUUUUAAAGAAGAAUGCAGCAUGCUCUAUGCUGCAAACGGAGUUGCAGACCUUGCUGUGAGCGGGGAUGCUGCCCUUGCUGCGGGCGAGCACGACAGAGCUAUCGAGAUCUACUCGGCAGCGAUCGAUCUCGAUUCAGCAACCUAUACCAUCUUUGCCAAUCGCAGUAAGGCGAGGUCAGAGAAAAUGCUAUGGGAGGAUGCGCUUAGUGAUGCACAACAGGUCAUUGAACUAAACCCUUCAUCCUAUCUUGGAUAUGAGGUGAAAAGUGCAGCACUUCAUGGCGCACAACUCUACGAUGAAGCCAUUGAGGCAUUCAAAAUCAUGAUCUCCAAGCUGGAAAAUGCUCCCAAAACAGAGCUGCGCCAGAAGUUUGUCGAUCCAUUUGAAGCAGAUAGUGCUAUUCGAAAGGUCGUGCAUACCCACCUGGACGACGCCCCGCUGCGUCUGCUUGACACUCACACUGGACGCUUAUGUGAUCGAGAGGCCCAGAUAAAUGCCUUCAAAUCGAGCACAGAGUACAAGGAGCUCUUGUCAUCAAUAUUGAGACGGGCAGAGCUGCGAAUAGAUGUCAUCCAAAACGUGGCGAUGACGUACUUCCGUUGCGUCAUGUUAUCGCAUAGGUGGGAGGUGAAGGAGCUGCUGCUGCAUGACAUCCAGGACAAGGUCGUGUACGAGUUGAAUCCCGUUGGCGGCAUCAUGAAGUUGCAGUCAUUCUGCAAAACGACUCGUGGUGCGGGGCAUCGCUGGGGAUGGAUUGAUGCGUGUUGCAUCGACCAAACUAACAAUGCCGAACUGCAAAAAUCCCUCAAUUCCAUGUUUGUCUGGUAUCGCCACUCGGUACUCACGAUCGUAUACCUGUCGGAUGUUGCGCCUUCAUCAAAAUCUGGCGCACUGGCAAAAAGCACUUGGAAUACGCGAGGAUGGACUGUUCCAGAAUUCCUGGCUCCGAAGGUCGUUCUCUUCUACCAAAAUGAUUGGACCUUAUAUCUCGAUGACCACUCUCCAAACCACAAAGAGUCUCCCCAGAUUAUGCAAGAGUUGAAAAAUGCAACAGCCAUAGAUGCUCGGGCCCUCGUCGACUUCCGUCCCGGGAUGAGACGUGCACGAGAAAGAUUGCAAUGGGUGUCAAGGCGUGUCACCACGUUGCAGGAAGAUAUCGCAUACUCUUUGUUUGGAAUCUUCGGCGUCCAACUACCUAUCAUGUACGGUGAGAAGAAACAAAACGCACUCGGGCGGCUUUUGCAGGAGAUCGUAGCUCAGUCAGGGGACAUCACCGCCCUCGACUGGGUCGGAAGAUCUUCCGAGUUCAAUAGCUGUUUGCCUGCAGACAUCACUUCAUACGCAGCUCCACCAUACGAGCUGCCAUCUAUAUCUGAAGACGAGAUGCGGACAUCAGUCUCCGCCUUGCGAGACUCCGGGGAUUUGAAUUUGGCUGUGGAAUUAUAUAGUAAACUUGAUUAUCUGAGCGCCCCGCGUUUCGCAAACCGCCGUCUGCAUCUACCCUGCAUCGUGUUCCCUGUCAAAGAGGUCAGACGGAGGCCUUCUGAAGACCAGGAGACACAUAUCACGUAUCAAGUCAAGGCCGACAAACUUCAUGACUUGGCAAUCUCGACACAAGACAGGCUGCUUCAGUUCUCGCAUGCACGGCCCACUCGACAGUCAUUCUUGCUCGUCCGUCCCUGGAAUCGUCAUCUCCUGGGCCUGCCUGACUUUGAAGACAAUGGCACGCAGUGCGAGGAUGAUUGGAUCCUGCCCGGGUCUCCAUCACAGGAUUCACAUGAUGAACCCCCUGAGGAACAGGAGUUGGACGAUUUGGAGUUGAUUGAUCGAGCGUUUCAAUUGAUUGUUCGCCUUGGACAACCUUUUAACGCGUUUUUGCUAGCGCAACAACGCGGCGGAGAGUACAAGAGAAUCGCGUCAGAUCACGAUAUUAUUGCACAAGUGAAAGACAUUGGUUCCGUUUACGACGUGAUGGAUGUUAGGACAUUGGAGAUAUUGUAG